AUGCCGCCUCCUCAGCAGAAGCCGGAGAACGUGCUCAAACGAGCCCAGGAGCUCAUCGGCGUCGGCCAGCAGCCCGCCGCCCUGACCCUGCUGCACGAGCAUGUCACCAACAAGCGAUCCCGCAAUGUCGCCAUCAUCUCGCUCGAGCCCGUCAUGCUCCUGCUCGUCGAGCUGUCCGUCGAGCAGAAGAAGGGCAAGCUCACCAAGGACGCCCUCUACUCGUACAAGAACAUCGCCCAGAACACAAACAUCGGCACCAUCGAGCUGGUCCUGAAGACCUUCCUGCAGCUGGCUGCCGACAAGGUCGCCACCGCCCAGCAGAAGGCCGACGAGGUCGUCGAGGCCUCGGCCGCCUCGACCAGCAUCGAUGACCUGGAGGCCAGCGAGACCCCCGAGUCCAUCCUCCUGGCCACCGUGUCCAGCGAGCAGUCCCGCGACCGCACGGAUCGCGCCAUCAUCACCCCCUGGCUCAAGUUCCUGUGGGAGGCAUACCGCACCGUCCUCGACAUCCUCCGCAAUAAUGCCAGGCUCGAGAUCCUGUACCAGGAGACGGCCAUGCAGGCCUUCGACUUCUGCCUCAAGCAUGCGCGCAAGACCGAGUUCCGCAGACUCUGCGAGCUGUUGCGGAACCACGUCCAGACCGCCGCCAAGUACUCGUCCCAGGUGCACGCCAUCAACCUGAACGACCCGGAUACCCUGCAGCGCCACCUGGAGACGCGUUUCCGCCAGCUUAACGUUGCCGUCGAGCUCGAGCUCUGGCAGGAGGCCUUCCGCAGCGUCGAGGACAUCCACACCCUGCUGAACCUGAGCAAGCGCCCCCCCAAGAACGUCAUGAUGGCCAACUACUACGAGAGACUCACCCGUAUCUUCCUCGUCGGCGAGAACUAUCUCUUCCACGCUGCUGCUUGGGCCAAGUACUACAACCUCCUCCGCCAGUCUGCCUCCCUCGUCGCGACUGGCCAGGGCAAGAAGGCCGACAACCCCCCUGCCUCUGAGGCCGACCUCCAGAAGGCUGCUUCCUUCGUGCUCCUCUCCGCCCUCUCCAUCCCUGUCAUUAGCACCUCGCGCUCUCGCGGCGCCAUGGUCGACUUCGAUGAGGCCCGCAAGAACAAGAACACCCGGUUGACGCACCUGUUGGGCAUGUCCGUCACCCCUACCCGUCAAUCUCUCUUCCGUGACGCCCUUUCCAAGGCUCUCCUGAAGCGCGCACGCCCCGAGAUCCGUGACUUGUACAACAUUCUCGAGGUCGACUUCCACCCUCUUUCCAUCUGCCAGAAGAUCUCCCCCAUUCUGACCCAGAUUGGUGCCGACCCCGAGAUGGAGAAGUACAUUCUGCCGCUGCAACAGGUUAUCCUCACACGUCUGUUCCAACAGCUCUCGCAGGUGUACGAGACUGUCGACCUGGCCUUUGUCCAGCGCCUGGCAGACUUCCCCGAGGCUUACAAGGUCACUCUCGGAACCAUUGAGAAGUUUAUUAUGAACGGUAACAAGAAGGGAGACCUUUCCAUCCGCAUGGAUCAUGCUACUGGUGUCCUGAGCUUCGACGCCGAUGUCUUUGCCUCCUCCAAGGCCGUCCACUCGGGUUCCGCUGCAGGUUCCGCCGAGGCCGAGUCCGGCUCCGUUCAGCGCCUCCAGAGCACUCCGGCAGAGAUCGUCCGAUCUCAGCUGACCCGCCUGGCCAGAUGCCUCCACACAACUGCCUACUACAUUGACCCGACCUACAACGAGGCUCGCAUCAAGGCUCGCGAGGCUGCCCUUGCCAGGGCCAAGGCUGGCGCUGAUGAGGAGCACCGGGAGAUUUUGGCCCGAAAGGAGAUCAUUCACAAGCGCAAGGAAGAGGCAUCCGAACUCCACGCUAAGAGGGAGAAGGAGAAGGCGAUGCUGAAGCGCCGCCAGGAAGCUGCCUUGGCCGAGGCUGAGGAGAAGCGCCUGGCCCAGGAGCAGAAGGACCGCGAGGAGAAGCGUCUCAGGGACGAGAGAGACCGCGUCCGCAAGGAGGAGCUCAAGAAGCAGAUUGCUGAACUGAAGAUUGGUCCCAAUGCUAUCGAUAUCGACGUGGAGAACUUGGAUGACCUCGACUCCAACCGUCUUCGUGCUAUGAAGCUCCAGCAGCUCGAGCGUGAGAAGAACGACGUUAAUGAGAGGCUCCGUGUUACCGGGAAGCGCAUCGACUACCUCGAGCGUGCAUUCCGAAAGGAGGAGGCCAAGAAGCUGCCCGAAGACUAUGCCCAGCAGCGAGAGCGCGAUCUGGCUGCCUACGAGAAGAUCAAGAAGGACACACUCACCGAGUCCAAGGCGCAGCACAAGGAGAACGUAGAGCUCAAGCACAGAUUGGAGCGUCUUGUGCCCCACUACGAGACCUUCACCAAGUCUAUCAAGGAACGUCGUCGGGAUGAGUUCGAGGCACGCCAGCGCGAUGCUCAGAAGGAGUUCGAGCGCCAGGUCGCCGCUCGCAAGAAGGAGUACCGUGAGCGCAAGCUUCGCGAGAAGCGUGAGCGCGAAGAGCAGGAGCGUGCUCUGCGGGAAGCUGAAGAGCGUGCCCAGAAGGAGAAGGAAGAGAGGGAGCGGCUGGCCGAGCAGAAGCGUGCUGAGCUGGCCAAGCUCAAGGAGCAGCGUGAGAAGGAGAGACAAGAAGGUCUUGAGAGGGCAGCAAUGCAGGCUCGCAGAGAGGAAGAGGCCAUGGCCCGCAGACAGGCUGAGAAGGCUGCCGCCGCGUCCGGACCUCCCCGACGCGAGCCCCUCGAGAUGUCGCGCGCAGACUCCAGUGAUGGCCGACCUCGUCUCAACCUUCCGGGUGCCGGCAAGUGGAGAGAACGAGAGGCAUCUCGCACUACUUCAGGAGACCUGCCGCCUCCCCGCGCAGCUGCGCCCCCGGUUGAGAGAGCCGACUCUGAUGAGCGCCCAUCCGGUCCUCCCCGCCUCAACUCAAAUGACCGACCAGCCGGCCCGCCCAGACUCAACCUCGCUGGUAAAUCAGGCGGCGGCUCGUCGUGGAGAGAUCGUGAGGCGGCCAGGGCUUCUGGUGGUGGUGCCGCCGCACCCGCACCGGCUCCUCGCGCUGCCUCUGGCUCCGGCCCCCGUCCCGAGAGGACCGACACCCCGCCCGCCGAACCCCUCAAGGCAUCCGGCGCCCCCGGCAAGUGGGUGCCGCGUCACCUCCGUGACAAGCAGUAA